AUGGGUGCCAUUACUUCUGUCGACGCGGCAGAACAAUUCGACCAUGUGUCAAGUGCACGUGUCGUUUCCACGCCAUCCGCCGCGACGUCAUCCAGUGACACGUCAUCCGUUGCCACGUCAAGCUCAGAAGACGAGAGACAGGAGGUUCAAGGAGAGGGUGAAUUUAGUGGAAGCGCGCCGAUGAGAAGAGAUGCGAGUCAUGGUGCGACCACGUUGUUCCUCACCUUCUCCCCGCCCUCUCCCCGUCCGCCACCAUUCCCCGUCGCGCUCGGCGCAACCCCGCCAGCAUCAUCACCCGUGUCGCCCGGGUCGCACGCGGGGUUACCUUGCGACGCAGGCGCAGGACCGCGCGCGGGGCACGCAACGGCGGCUGAGGCGGCGCCGCUGAUUCCGGGGCUGCCGGACGACCUGGCGACGGAGUGCCUGCUGCGCCUGCCGCGCCAGGACCACCGCGCCAUGCGCCGCGUCUCACGGCGCUGGAACCAACUCAUUCAGUCCCCCCUGUACUACGAGAUGCGGCGGCACAGGGGAGUGCAGGAGGGGUGGGUGUACGUGCUAUCCCGUGACAGCUCGGACCGUCUGUGGUGGCACGCGCUGGACGUGCGCUCCGCCACGUGGCACGACGUCCCCCGCAUGCCCUCCCUCUGCUCGCGCGCCUACGGGCUCGCCUGUGCCGCCUGCCAGGGCAACCUUUACGUCAUUGGCGGAGCGGGGUGGCUCAAACCCAGCAGACCGCACGUGUACAGGUGGGUGCAGUGCAGGCAGCAAGACAGCACGGUGGGUUAUGUGUGGGCAGUUGUGGGAAGGCGUGGAUCGCUGAGGCCGUGGGUUGGUGGUGGGGUGGGACAAUAUGCUAUGGUAGGCGCCCAUGUGCCGGACGCGGCCUUCCCUCCCCCACUGCUAUUAGCAAGUGGUUUUCCUUUCCGCGUGCUCCAUCACUGUGCGCAUUCCCCUCCCCCCUACCCGCCCCCACCCUCUAGGUACAACCCCCCUGCCAACAAGUGGGUGCGCGUGGCAGACAUGGCGUUCCCCCGCUGCUACUGCGUGGCUGGUGCCGUGCGCCUGGAGAGGGAUGGCAAGGGCCGGGAGCAGGGCGCGGGAUGGCUCGGAGACGGGGGCGACAUAGGGGGGGAGGGGAGGGAGGCGGGAGAUAGACUGGGGGAUGGCGGGUGGGAGAGGGAGAGGGAACGCGGGAUUGGGAGGGAGAGGGAGGAAGAAAGGGGGAUUGGGAGGGAAAAGGAAAGGGAAGGGGAGAGGCUACGGGAUGGGGAGGGAGCGCGAGAGGGAGAAAGUGUGGUUGGGGGGGAAAGGGAUGGCGAGAGGAGCAGAGUGGAGGAAAGUGAAAGGGCUGGGGAGAACGCAGGAGUGGGGGAGUCGAGCAGUGGAGGGAAACAGGGGGGUAGCAGCAGGGAGCCGAGAGUGGGGAAGGCGAGAGGGGCAGAGGGAGGGAGCAGCAGCAGCAGGGCGGAAGGGGUGUGUUCGGUGGGAGGGGCGUGGGCGAGUGAACGGCUGGUGGUGGCGGGUGGCAUGGGGGCGAGCAACACGUCACUGCUGACGUCAGUUGAAAUUUACCACCCGCAGGAGGACCGGUGGACCAGUGCGGCCCCGCUGCCCUUUGAGUGCGACUUAGAGGAUGCAGCCGUGCUAGCCAACCGACUGCUGCUGCGCCACAUGCGCUGCGUGCACUCCCCCCCCGGCCCUGACGCUGUCGCCUUCUCCCUCUCCUCCAACUCCUGGUCCCCACUUUCCGGGAACCUUCCCUCCGCCUGGCACGGCCCGUCCACGGUGCUGGACAGUCGGAUGUACAUGCUGGAUCAGAUCGGAGGGAUCCGGUUGGCCGUGUACGAUGACGUGGCGCAGAUGUGGCGCCCGAUUGGCCGGCUGUCGCCAGCGCUGCUGACGCCGCCGUGCCGGAUAUUAGGGUUUCGCGGGCGGCUGUACGUGAUUGGGCGGGGGCUGUCGAUGGUGGUGGUGGAGGUGGAGGAGGCGCUGCGGUGCGAUGGGGUGCUGCUGACGCGCCGCAUUGAUGGUGUUGGGUGUCCCUCAGAUGUAGUUCAAAGCAUGGUGGCUGAUGUGCUUCGUGGUGGUGGUUUGGGGAGUGCAGCGCGGUAUGGAGAACUGCAGCUCGUUGCCUAA